CAGAAAAUCUAGGGACAAGCUCCACCGGCCCAGCCAGUCGGCGAGAGGCAGACGUACAGCAGACGCAGCGUCAAACCAUCAUCAAUGUGUGUGGCCGUGGCAUCUGAGCUGCUCAUGGACAAAACGCCUUAUGUUCUCUUGGAGCGAAUCGACGCCGAUUUACAGCGGGCGUUCGAGCAUGGGCUUCAGCAGAUUCCCAUCGCCAAAAGGAGGCCAAUAGUCCUCGUCGAAAAGCUGCCUGUCGCUGUUACAUAUGGACUGCGACAAAGUGGGGAUAACCCAAGUGGGCAGCCAGCAAGAAAAAUUCCGAAAAGAAAGCUGUCACCAGGUCCUUCAAGGCGACCCUGCCCUGACACACCGAGCAAACAUGUCUGUUGCAGCACUAAAUGCUCUCGGAAAUACCCACGCAUGAGGUUGUGGACAGGGCCUAAGAGCAAUGGAAGACAGAAAACGGGAUCGGCCAAGGAAAACAUGGACAAAACGCCUUAUGUUCUCUUGGAGCGAAUCGACGCCGAUUUACAGCGGGCGUUCGAGCAUGGGCUUCAGCAGAUUCCCAUCGCCAAAAGGAGGCCAAUAGUCCUUGUCGAAAAGCUGCCUGUCGCUGUUACAAAUAAACUGCGACAAAGUGGGGAUAACCCAAGUGGGCAGCCAGCAAGAAAAAUUCCCAAAAGAAAGCUGUCACCAGGUCCUUCAAGGCGACCCUGCCCUGACACACCGAGCAAACGUGUCUGUUCCAGCACUAAAGGCUCUCAGGCCCUGUCCACAACCUCAUCUGUGGGUAUUUCUGAGAGCAAUGGAAGACAGAAAGAGGGAUCGGUCAAGAAAAACCUGGCUGUGCUCCUCGGUGUCCGGAGCAGGGGAGUUCCAGUCGUUAAACUUGAGCGUCUCCAGACUGACAGUGUACAAGCAUUGUGACAUGCCCUUUCAAGACAAUGUGACAGCAGAUUCCCAAUCACCUGGCAACGAGAAAGUAAAUUCUGAAGACUCUGAUACUGAGUGUGAUCUUCCCAAGUUCUCAAAAGCAAGUCGCAGAUGGAAGACUGGCCACAGCCCCCGCAAGAUGACUGCCGUUAGGUACCACGAGACAGAAUCCUCGGACGACAACCGGUCCGUGUCUUUAUUAAGCGUUAGUUUAUCCCUCCAAACGAGUGCACAUGAAACAAGAUCCUAAGGUGCAUUUCUGCCAACUUAUUUUGGUGGCUGUUCCCUUGACUGCUGUUUAAAGGAUACACUAUGCAGAACGGGCAAACCUAAGGAUGAAGCCUUGUUGAGACUCCCUGGCUUCACAUUAUGUAUGUUGCUGCCAUGGUGGUAACUGUUGGGUAAUGACAGCUAUCAGCUAUUGCAAGUGCAGUUGCACAAUCUCUUAUUACUCACGUGCCCUUUCCCCAUAGGUAUUGCAUUGUUACCAACGUACACCCAGAAUAGUAAAGUAUGCUCAGUGUUAUGAUUAACUGUAGAUUGAAGCGUUGCACACGAAGUAGUUGCACAGGUAAAUCUGAAGGACAUGCUUUCUAACAUUGUUGAUCAAGGAACUCGUUAGUUUAUCUACUGGCAUGUCAUAAUUCGUUGCAGUGACAGUCACCUGGUAGUUGCUUCUCGUAAUAAAAUGUUUGUUGCAAGACAAGAUGUUUUGUAGUUUUCGGAAAAAAAUAAAUAUUUAGGAUUGUGCAACAGU